AUGUUGCGCACCAGAAUCGAGCUCUUAGAGCGCGUUCUGCGAAAUCAUGGCAUUGAUGCUGAGGAGUCUGUUGCAGAGCUGCUGGCUGAAGAUGAGCUUUCAAAACAACCAGCGGAUCCUACUAGCCGCGAACCAUGCUCCGUGCCAAUGGACGAUCUGUGCGUCACAUUUGAUGGUGCGCUCACUAUAGAUGAAUCUUUGAACUUUGACCAGGAUGGCGAAGUGCGGUAUUUUGGACCAACCAGUGGACGCUUGUUGUUUCAGUCUCCGGCUAAUUCCUCUCCAGUGGAAGAUACAGAUGCUUCCAAUACCGGAGGCUCUGGGGCCACGCCGGAUAAUUUAGAAUUGGUUUCUCCACACUGCGCUACGAAACAUCAUGCGUGUCCAUUUGAGCCGGAGUUACCCACGGCAUCUAAAGAGCUGCAAGAUCAUUUGAUCAAUCUGUACUUUGACUGGGACCAGCCAUGGCUUCAGGUCGUGAACGAACAGUUAUUUCGCGAAAGCUUAGCAUCUGGAGGCCGAUAUUGCAGCCCCCUUCUACUCAAUUGCAUCCUUGCCGUUGGCUCUCGUUACUGUGAUCGAAUUGAUGUCCGGACAGAUCCAAAUGACCCAAACACAGCGGGCAGGAACUUCAUUUGCACAGCAGAGAGGUUGCUACAAAAUGAUCUCCGUUGGCCAAAAAUAACAACAAUUCAGUCUUUGGCAAUCAUGGGCCUGUUCUAUAUUGCAACUGGAUCUGACGCUGCGGGCUGGCUUCAACAAGGGAUGGCAAUUCGUCUGGCUAUUGACAUGGGGCUUAACAUGGAUCCUGCUGUUCUCACAGGAACUGUUUCUCUUCCUGCCAUUGAGAUUGAGUUGCGAAGACAAAUAUACUGGGCGUUGUACUGCCAUGACAAAUUGUCGGCUUGCUAUACAGGAAGAGUCUGCACAUUGCUGGACUCGCAAGGCGCUGUCAGGAAACCAUACCUUGAGUGUGUCCGUGACGUUCAUUUGCCUUCCGCAAAUGGACAACCACGAGCAGCUAACCAGAAAGCCGUCACCCAGCUGCAAAGAUCAAUGAUCGAUCUAUGUCGCAUCAUUGAGAAGAUUCUCCGUUCUUUAUGGUCUCCCAAGCCACUCAUUCACUGUCACCCGAGAUCUGCGUUCUUUGAUGCGGCCCUCCUCGAAUUGAAAACAUGGCACUACGACCUUCCAUCAGAGUUGAAAGUCAUCCGCACAUCAGGGCCCUCUCAAUUCCCACAUGCCUACACCUUGUCAAUGGUAUACCACCAGGCAAUGAUCCUACUUUGCUCCCCAUUCAUAACUCACAAUACUGUACAAGAUUCAACACAGCCCGACGAGAACACACCGGAGGGCACACCAGCAAGUAUACGAUACAGAAAAGCGCUCUCAAGUUGCGGAAACUCAGUUCGGCUCAUGUGUUGUAUCGCACAAAAGUACCGACAGACAUUUGGCAGCUUCAAACUUAGCCCUAUUACUGCUACACACUGCACGUUGUCUACCGCACUUAUUCUUAUUGAACUAUGUUGCUCUAUGAAACCCUACACCAAAGCUUCUGCGACGGAUGAUGACGGAAAGCACCAUUUACCUCCCCAUGCCGCAGUGGCAUUAUGCUUUCAAGUUCUACGAGAACUUUCUACCUCGUGGAAUAUUGCUAAACGUAUCGGCAGGAAUCUGGAAAGGGUUUAUAUUCAGCGAUACGGCUCUGAAAAUCUCCAGUUGCCAGAAGAGAGUGGAGUCACGGGUCAGACUUUGUCGCAUAUGCCCAAGUCCGCUCCAAUGGGAGACUUUGCCGUCCCUAAUCUCGAGAUCUUUGACGAUAUCCUGAAUGGAAAGUCCCUUUCUGACGCGAAACCGCUCGAACUCGAUAUUGAAAUGCCUGUUGCGUUUCAUCAGACACAGAGUUUGAAUCGAACUGGUAUCCCUGGAUUGGCUCUGAAUUCUUCCGGAGGCAUUCCGAAUCUUUCAAACUCCGACGAAGUAUUUGCAAAUAAUCUUGGAUUUGCGUUCUCGCCAGAUUGCCUACCGAGCGAUUAUAAUAUGUUCGAUACUUUGAACCAAAUGUAUCUGGAAGAGAGCUGGUAA